ACACCUUAUUAAUUAGUAGUCACUAGCGACGGUCUGUCCGCAGAGCAUCCGAUAUGGCAAAAAAGUGUGGUAUUGCAGUAUUCUUGUUGGUUAUAGUUUGUCUGAACUGUGUCGCAUCUUUCAACGAAGAAAGCACCAAGCACAGAGAAAAACGAUCACCAAGGCCUCAGUUUCCAAAAUUUAUUUUCGGUCAAAUAGGCAAAUGGAUCCCCAAAAUAGUAAAUCAGGGCAAAGAAGUAGCCAAUAAGGUUGAGCAAUUCGUUUCUAAAAACCCGGAGAAAGCAGCAGGUAUAGCUGCUGGUGCCGGUGUUGCUGGUGCUGUCAUUGUUGAUCAAUUGGGACAGAAACGUCCACGACCGGGAUGCCAAGUGCACAUUAGACGUUUACAAGAAAAGCAACCAGUCUUCUUCAACGUUGGUGAUCCUAGGUCGUUGAUGAUGCCCGUCGACGGAAAUCUGUCGUGGGCUUCGGGGGAAAAGAGUUGGAUCGCAUGUCCUCCAUCGGAUGGAUCACGUAAUAGUAUUAGUGGAUUAAAUCGAGUAUCAGCUGAAAUUGAAUGUGUACUCGGAAUAGCGUUUAAAUAUGUUCAUGACGACUCGGCGCUGCUGAUCACACAGGUUUCGUGCGAUAAUAGAGUGACCGGAAACGUACGAACAAGCCCUAUUCCAAAUCUGUGCCCAGCAACAUACAAAGCAGUUGGAUUUGAUGUCCCUUUUCCCAACAUUGGAAAUCGAUUUUUCGACCUUUACUACAUUUGUUUUAACGAAACAGCUGCCACUACAAUAUAUACUCGUCACACAGUAUAUGGGAAUGAAAUCGCACAUAGGUGCACGUCAUCUAGGCCAUCCUUCAAAGUAGCAGGUUUUCCCCCAGAAAUAGACGUGGAGACUGCAUAUACACAAGAUGCUCAAUUUGAUAGGCUUACCGCUUUAUUUGCAGCUGAUUAUAAUCCACGAGGAUCGGCGCGUUUGUACUACGAUUUGAGCUAUUUGCAAAAAGGGCAUCUUACGCCGCAUGCGGAUGAGCUGUUCACCACGUGGCAGUGGUCGACAUAUUUCUUCAUCAAUGUCGUUGGCAUGUGGGACUCAAUCAACAACGGCAACUGGAAGUAUCUGGAAGAAAGUGUGCGAACUCUUGCCGACAAUUCCAAGAGAAAUUUGAACAUUUAUACCGGAGCUUAUGACACGUUAUCCCUAUGUUCCAUGUGGGAUCAUUGUGUGGACUUUACUUUGAGCAACGGGCGAGUUCCUGUACCAAAAUGGCUGUGGAAGAUAGUGAAAUCUCCGGAUUUGGAUGCCGCUAUUGCUCUGGUUGUCAGCAACAAUCCGUUCCUUGAUGAAGAUCCGAUAUGCGGCUUGGGUGGGCAGUCUCAUGGAUGGAAUGCAAGUGUUGUUUCAAAUGUAACCCAUGGUCCUGUGAGCUACUGUUCGGUACAGGAUCUGCGAAACGUGAUUGGCAAUAUUCCGCUAGAUGCGUUGGCUACCAAUUUGUUGUCUUAUGUAGUUGCAUCAGGAUAGUUUUAUGGAAUGGGAUUACCGCAAAACAACCCUUAUCAUGUUGACCAAAGGAACAAGUAAUAAAUAACACAGUUUAAUCAAGUA